AUGGACUGGUCCGGCGCUUCACAUGUUGUUCUUCGUAGCCUCUUCGGAGAUCCAAGACCUGCCGCACAUGGACCGUACACGCCUGCUCCAGUCUCGCUCGCGGUCAAAGUGACAUCGGUCUGCUUGAAUCUGAUCACACUGCCUAUCCUCGGCGCCUGUCUGACCCGGAGAGUGGAGCGAAUACAGCAAUGGAGACGCCUCCCGGUAUCAGCUUGGCUAUUAUUGCUGAUUUACACGGACUCGCUGCUAUUCAUCUUUGUGACGGUCGUCCUGAAAGACAUUGGCUUCAACACAUCUCCAAACAUCUGCGAUGGUGCCAUAUUGUUAUGUCUCGUAUGCUACAUGAGCACAAAAGUGCUGAUCUAUUGCUUCCUCGUUGAGCGAUCAUGGAUUGUACGAGGUUGCCUUCAGAAACGAUCGGAGUCCAAGCUGUAUCUCUUCAACUGCUUUGGCAUGUUGCUGCCAUACACGAUCGCGGUCGUACUGAACUUCGUCUGGAGAAUCGCCUUCAUUGACACGAAGGGAAACUGUAUUGUCGGCAUGGAGAUACGAGCUCUGAUGCCACUGAUCACCUUCGAAGUUGUUGUCAACAUAUACCUCAAUAUCCUGUUCAUCAUCCCACUUCGAAAGAUGUAUUCGUAUCGGCGCGGAAACGGCAACAUGAGAAGGCUGGCCCUUCGGACGUUCGUUGGAAGCUGUGCAACUCUGUUCUCAAGUGUUGUGAACCUCACGGUGCUGAUGUCUGUUGGUGGCGAGCCAGCGUGGAUGUGUCUGAUGCUUUGCAAUGCAGACAUACUUUUCUGCGUCCUCGUACUGCACUGGGUGACAAGCUUCGACGGUGGCGGCGGGACCAAUAAGUCAAGUUGCUCUCACCCUUCACACGAUCCUCUAGCACCAUCAGUCGUAUCCGCGUUAAGGGUUCCCGAAACCACAUUGCAACGACGCAAACACUUCUUCUCGUGCUCGUGUGAGGACUCCGACUUCCCCGAGGGUUCUUGGCGUGCGAAUCCGUGGGACGUUGGAGGACUGGCGCAGCCUACUUCUGUAUUGGACGAUCCCAACGCCACCAACGGGGCCGAUCCACUGCAAAGCCGGAUUGGGAACAAGGAGAAAAUUGAAGAGAAGCCAGAGGGGCACGUCGAAAUGACGAGAGUCAUCAGCGACGUGAGCGACGCUUCGCAAGAUAUGGAAAUUCGACCUGUAAGAAACGAGCCAGCACAAGGGUAG